ACGUGCCGCACGUACAUCAUUCACGUUUCCGUAGCGCGCCGCAUACAAACUAAAAAUAUGUAAAGAAGCAGGCAAUAUACAAUAACAACAAAUAUUAAUAACAACAACAAUAGCAUAAAAUACACAAAAAAAAAAUUUACGCGAGGAUUUCUGCUUUUUGAGAGAAAUUUUCGAGAUAGUGCGAGAAAUUUUCCAUCUGCAUGCGAGAAGACGGAUGAAUUCUUAAUGGAAUCGACGAAUGACGGUAGUGUCAGUGCAUAAAUUUCGAGAAAAUCACGGGAAAAGUGCACAGAUGUUCAAUAGCCUCGGAAGAAGUUGAAGUGUUGUCGUGUGCGUUGUGUGAGUUUUUUGUGUAGUCGAGACACACGACACGUAUAUCUUUAGCUAAAUAAUAAUAAAAAGUGAAAAAUAAGAAGAAAUAGUAAAAAAAUAAAUAAAAUUUGUAGAAAAAAAAUAGUUUGAUAAAAAAAAAGUUAAAAAAAAAAUUGUUGAUGAUUGAAAAAUAAGAAGAAAAAAAAAAUGAAAAACAGAUAAAUAAAUAGAAAAAAAAUCGAGUGUUAGUGUUAAAAAUAAAUUUAAAGCCGUAAAUUGCCGAAGAAGGUUAUUUUUAAACAACAUCUUCUCUCCUACCCGGUGCAUACGCAUCGCAACGCGCGAGAUAAACAAAAAAAAAGUAAAAACGAGAAGAACAAGAAGGGAAAAAAAGCAAAUAAUCCCGUUCUCAAUCAUCUUUCGGAUUAAAUUGUACUUAUAUCCCAGACAAGUGGCAGCAAUUAACUGAGAACUGAACGGAACAACUUUGCUGUUUGUGAUUAGUUAAGGGAUCUGGAUACAUGAGAUUAAAGACGGAAACUUAGCAAGCAAUUAGUUGAUAAUAAUAACAAAACAAAAACAAAAAAUCUAGCAAAAUGGUGAUAGGAGACACAAAUGGCGCUGCAGCGGCGACUACGCAGCCCGUUCCACAGCCACAAUUUUCCGGCGCAACCAUAGACAAUAUAAUGCACGGCAUCGAGAACACAGGGACUGUCAAGAUGAACAAUCAUCGGAAAAAGUUGCGGCAACGCUUCGACAUCAUCAAGAAACUCGGCCAAGGUACUUAUGGCAAAGUGCAAUUAGGUAUAAACAAAGAAACGGGCCAAGAAGUGGCAAUUAAGACAAUAAAAAAGAGCAAAAUUGAGACAGAAGCUGACUUGAUCCGUAUUCGGCGCGAAGUUCAGAUCAUGAGCUCGGUGCAGCAUCCGAACAUUAUUCACAUCUACGAGGUUUUUGAGAAUCGCGAAAAAAUGGUGCUCGUGAUGGAAUUUGCGGCAGGCGGUGAACUGUACGACUAUCUGUCGGAACGCAAAGUGCUUACCGAGGAAGAGGCACGUCGCAUUUUCCGACAAGUCGCUACCGCGAUUUAUUAUUGUCACAAACAUAAAAUAUGUCAUCGUGAUCUUAAAUUAGAAAAUAUACUGCUCGACGAGCAUGGCAAUGCUAAAAUCGCUGAUUUCGGUCUUUCCAAUGUCUUCGACGAACAACGACUGCUGGCAACUUUCUGCGGCUCCCCCUUGUACGCUUCUCCCGAAAUUGUCAAAGGCACGCCAUAUCUCGGGCCCGAAGUUGAUUGUUGGUCUCUUGGCGUUCUCCUCUAUACCUUAGUUUAUGGCGCAAUGCCCUUUGACGGUGCCAACUUCAAACGUCUCGUCAAACAGAUUAGCAUGGGUGAUUAUUUCGAGCCGAAGAAACCGUCACGUGCCUCCCCCCUAAUUCGCGAAAUGUUGACAGUGUGUCCCAAACGACGUGCCAACAUCGAAAACAUCUGCAAUCAUUGGUGGGUGAAUGAGACAUACAACGAAUCCUGUUUAACCUUAGCGGAAGAACUGGCGAAUCAAACGCCGGUGCGUUUAGAUGUUCUAUUGUCGCUUGCACCGCCCUCUGUGACAGCAGAUCAACUUGUUGUAGCAGCUAUGGAACCCGAAACGAGCGGCGCUGGAGGAGAUCGUCUUCAAAAGUCGCAUUCAGUUGGAUCUGUGAUCGAUAUUGGCGGCACAGAAGCCGAACGACGCAUCAUCGAUAUGGUUCAAGCGGGAGGCGAGGCUGCACUGAUGCCAUCUCCUACAAGAACUAUCACGCCACAAGAAAGCCCGGCUCAACCAAAACGCAAAUUGGAACCAACUGUCUCGAUGGAGAAUGCCACGGGAGCUGCCCGUAAAAAGGAUAAACCCACAGAAGAACCAAUUCCAGAAACAAUGGAUACGGAAACAUCUCCUGAGGUGAAAGAAAAGACGCAAGAAGCUCCUGCUGAUGCCAGCAAAGAUUUGGCUAAAAUUGAUAAAAUGUGUGAUGAGCUCUUAAAACCGGCGGCGGAAGAGCCCAAACAACAAGCUGAACCGAAAAAGGAGCCAACACCCAAAAAGGAAGUAGAAAAGCCAAAAGAAUCACUUCCCGCGCCAAAAGCCGCCGAAGUUGCCACAGAAAAGAAAAGCCCAGCUCGCAAAGUUUUCAAUAAGGGAAAAACGAGCGACCUUUCCGGCACAAUUGACAAAGCAACGACAGAAGUAGCUCCGAAAAAGGAAGCAACCCCUAAGCCUGUCGAACGUAAAAAUAGUCUUCCAGAAAACAACGGAGCUGGCGAACGGCGUAAAUCCCGAAUUUUAGAGACGGCGGAAAAGUUCCAAAGCAUGAACAAUCAAAACAAUGAGAAAUACAAAAAGUUUGUGAUACCCGGCGUGAGUGUAGGUUCUUUCAAGAAAGAAUUCGAGCGAAAAGCUUCCAUCACGCCAUCCACAAUCGGUCCCAUGGAGCGCAAACAACGCAAUAGCGAAAGUGCCAGUCGUCAAAACAGCCAAGAAGAUGCUGUAAACGCCGACUCAGAACUCCCCGCAUUGCCACAGCAGCAAAACAAGUCGCAAGACAAACUGAAAGAAAGUGAUUCAAAGUCAUCCGUUGGCAGUUUCUCACUUGAAGACGCACGCAAAUCCAUGGAAAACUCCAUUGCAUUACUGAAGAAGGAAAAGAGUGAUUCGGAGAAGGAAUUGGCGAAAAAGCAACAACAACAACAACCACAAGUAGCUGCUCCCACAGGUGACAAAUCAGGUGACAUCGAACGUGAGACGAAAUUGAAAAAUGCUCGUGAAAUUAUAAGUAAUGCAAUUCCACGAUUAGGUGGCGGCAAUUCGACGUCGGCAAUUAGGCGGCCCCCAAUGCCUUUUGGCACGAAUGGGCGUACGCCGAGCGGCAAUUUGGCAACUGGUUACUCGAAACCAGUGAGAUUGGGUGAUGUUAGUGCCAGUUCGAGUGCUAACAACACGCCAACCACGAUGCCAGAACAUCCGCCGUCGUUCGGAGGCAGCAGUACUAAAGUUGGUGCAGAAGAUAACAGUACCAAAACGUCAAGAGCUGAAAUUACAUUGAAAUCAGCUACGUUGCCACGUAGAAAGCCGGCUAAAACGGAAAUUUCUCUCGAUAUUCAAACAAAGCAAAUGGAUCCGCCAACCAACACAAUGCGUUUCAAUUCAGAACUCACGCAUCCGGUGCAAGGAAUUCAAACUGCUCCAAUUCGAGAAACCCAACCAGGCUUUACUGCAAGCGUCACUUUGCAAAAUCGCUCAAAUUCGGUAGAUCCACAGAAGGAAUAUGUCGUUCCGUUGCAACGUCCGCCAUCGUAUCAACGCCAAAGCUCCAGCAAUUACGGAUUGUCGCGUCAAUCGACAAAUGAGUCAAAUGAUUCGGAUACGACUGUUUCACAAACUUUGAAUACAAGUGCGAGUGUCAGUUCAACUCAACAACCGAUCAAGAAGAGUCCUCGUGAAUUCAUUAUCCCGAUCGCUGUCGAAGGAGGCGGAAUUGUGACGCCACGCGCGAGCACUGAUAACAUUGAACACUCGGAAUCGACGGCAACAACGAAUGCUAGUACGAGUAGUUUUGCCAGCAAACGCAUGGGACGCCCACGAAAACUCGGAUCACUAUUUAAUGAUGACGAUGAUCCAAUUUCUAGUUUUCCCUCUCUCAAACGUCACACUUCCCUUGGACGGGAGUCUGAUACUGAGGAACCUCGCUUCCAUACGAUGCAUCGGUUAAGAAGUAGCCGCCCAUCAAAGAGACCAUCGACGGUAUCGCAGGAACCAAAUGACUCGGGCAGCUCUGGAGACGAAGACGACGAGGAUGCUUUUGAAAUCCUUACAGCGGAGAAUUUGUUCUCAACUCUCUUGUCAAGGGUUAAGGCACUUACCCAGCGCGCAAAUGUCAACAACGAUUUUACGUCAAACUUCCCCAGCUCGCGCUUAUUUGACAAUAUGCGACAAACGCGCAGUCCUUUCUGGAAUCAUGAACCCUUUGGAAGAUUAAAAUAUCCUACUAACAUUACAAUAACAACUCAUGCAAAUAACAAUAAAAGUAACUUUAGUAUACAACUGCCUAGUCAAGUAAAUUAUACAAUUACAAAGGAGACUGUGACAGAAACCAAAAAGAAAACUCGCAUAAAUAACGGUGCUCAUCAAUGGCGCUCAACACUAUCACGUGACUUCCAGAAUGACAUUGACCAGAUGUUUGCACGUUCGGGAGCCACAACACUUCCUAGAGUGGAACUGCGUAAAACUUUGUCAAUGUCACAGAAACAACCGACAACAAUCACUCACACAAUUCAUAGAACAAAAUCAACAAAAUCCAAAACAGCAAAAUCAUCUGGAAACAGCAAGAAAACUAGCAACAAUAGCAAUAAUAGUAGCCAACAACAAAGUUCUAACUGUGAUUUUAGUGGUUGUAACGGCAGUGGCACCGAGAAAAAUGAAAAUGUCAAUGCAGAUACGAACAACAAUCCGCCGCAAGUGUCGCUGGAAGGCCAAAGUGACGCCGAAGAAGUUUUAGAUUUGGGCGAUUUGGAUUUGUCGCGUCUUCGGUUAUCAAAACGUGACUUGGAAACGCUCUCAAGUAUCACUCCGACGCUCUCCAAAAAGGUCCAGGAUCAACUUUUGGCUCAAUUACCGCCGACACAGGCGAAAAAAUUAUCGCGAACGCUCUCGAUGCUCAAUAACAACACCAACAGCCUCGGCGAAGACCCGAAAAUUUAUCGGCGAACUCACAGCACCGCCGCUUACGAUCGAAAUGCGAACGAUUCCCGCAGCGAUCGUGACAGUUUGACACCCACAAAUGACGUUCCGCCCCCCAUCACAUACACCCAGCCCGUUUAUCGUCGCAGCAUGAGUCGCUCCCGUUACGAUUCCACGCCAGAUACGACAAUUGCGUCGCGCGAAAGACGCGGAUCGAGCAUCGCGCGCGACAUUAUCUCUCCGCCGAGCGAUUAUGCGAACAAAACUUUCAAAUAUCCGACGUACGGGGGUGCAACAACGAAAAAUUACGGCAAAUAUUCGCCGUAUUCGAGCGAAAGUUCGAGUUACGAGUGCGAAAAAAGUCGCGAAUUGUCGCCGCCGAUCAGUUUUUACGAGCCGCGACGUAAUUCCUGCUUGUCGCCGACGAAAGAUUUCUACGGAAGACCUCCGAGUGGAUGUUUUUCGCCACCCCCGAUCUCCGCGGAGAACACUUUACGACGUCGUUCAUCGACGCGACGCAUUUCCCGCUUCUUAAGACCCGAUUUUUACGACACCCCCAAGGAGGAAAGCGCUUUUGUGCGCGAAAAAAAGGAACGCGAAAAGGAAACGCAGCGAGUUUUGCGGGAAAUUCGCGAAAGAAGUCGCGAUCGAGCUCAUGACUCGUCAUCGCGGAGCGAAAGAGAAGCAACCCCGAAGCGAGAUGAGGAAAAAACCCCGAAUGAGAAGGAACACCUGCGUCAUUUAUUGAAUUCCGUGGACUCAAACAUCGAAAAUUUGGAAAAUCAGAUAAGACGACGUCGAAGCGUGUCUCGCGAACCGAACGGACAUGCUUUAUUCGAAGCAGGCGACAAUAAUCCGAUCAAAUUAACGGAUCGCAUACUGGAUGACUUGCAUAAUUACACGAUGCUCCACAAGCAAAAGAGUCAAAAAAGCGUCGCCGAGUCGAGUUCUCGUGAACCCAGCGUUCCAAAAGAGGAAAAAUCCCUUCGCAAGAGCAAAUCAAAGCAAAAUACGCCGGAAGUCCUCCAAAUUAUCGAAGAUUCCGACAAAAAACUCAAAAAAGAGUCGAAAUUAGUGCGUCCCAAAUCGUAUCCGAGCAAAGAACAACAAGCCCAAGCCCUAAAAGUAAAGAAACAAAAAUCCUCCGAUGAAAUUCUCGACGCCUCAUGCAUCAACGGGCGCAAAGAACCCGAUCACAUCCCGACAGUAAGUCUCCCGCGACCCAAAAGUUUCGCCUCUAAGAUGACGCCGCCCAAGGAAAUUGCAAAAACCGCCACUGUCGCUGACGUCAACACCUCCCAAAAGGUCAUCGUGAAGAAAAAAGUCAAAAAAGACCCCGUUGACGUGGAAAAUUCGACCCCAGAACCUGCAAAACCCAUCAAAAAAGUUCGGGUCAUCAAAAAAUCCAAGACAGAUUCCAGCGGGAAAUCCACUUCCGAGGACCGAACUGAUCGCGAAGCAACUCCAGUUGUCGUUUCCAAGCCAGCUCCCGAGAUUUUGAAGGAAAAAUCGCCGGAAAAGAAACCCACGAAAGGUUUUCUAACCUCAAUCCAGCAAAAAUUCGAGAAAUUCCGCGAAAAUACAAAAGCAAACAGGGUUGCGAAGAAAGUUGGGGCGACAAAUGUCCAACCCGACGUCGUAAAUGUCGCCAAAGAGGAGUUAAGGACGAGUAAAAGUUCAAGUAACAUGCCAAAUGGCAAAGAAAAGUUGUCAAAAACGGACAAAUCGAAUAUUGACUCGAUGAUUCGCAAUCUCCGAGAGCAAUCCGUGCCCCGGGAAUGCCAACCCCUGAACGAAAGUGGAUUAAUUAAACGUGCCGUGAGCGUAGAACAGAUGCCAGAUACCUUCAACAAGGCAAGUGUCAAUCGAGUCCUCGGGCUUUUCAAGAAAAUUGAGAAGGAAAAGGAUCAAAAAGGACCAAAAGCGACCAAAUCCACGAGUUAUAUCGCGUCAAUGGGUCAAAAUGCGAAAGAAUCACGCCCAAAAUCGUUCGUAAGUAAGAUAAAGAAGCCGAGUUCGAGUUCCAACUCGGAAUCUUUGGUCGAUACGUCGACAGAUACCUCCAGUAAUGUCACCAACGGCAAAGUUCCUAUCAAAUAUACGUGCCCGGAUUGCGAACAAGAGGCGGCGGCGACACAAAAUACGAUCGCCAAGCGAUUUGAUGCCACAAAUGCGACCCCGGAGGAGAAAGAGAGGAAGGCGAACAACCGAAAAGGGCUCGUUUUGGACUUUACGAAGGUUAAACCGGUGUCGAGUCAUCAACCAGUGAAGGGAUAUCAACAAACGCCAUCUUACGAGAACAUUGCCAACUUUUCCUCCGACAAUUUGAGGAGUCCCGGAAAUUCUUCCAAUAAUUUUCUCUCGCCCGGCGAUGAACAAGAUACUUGUUACGAUGAUUGGUCGUCUACUUGUUCCGAUGAUGUCUCGUCACAUCCAAUAAUUUCUUCAUCUCCGUCACUUUCGCGCCUUUCCCGCUUCUCCCAUUACAUUGGCAGCACUUCCUUCAGCCAAGAUGACCCAAAUCCCGAAAAUGUGCUCGAUCGCAUUCGACGCCGCAGCUUUUUCCCGCGUUUUAAUGAAAAGAAACCACGGAGAGUCAGCACAAUUGUUGGUCCAGCAGCUCAGAGGGAGUAUUAUCGAGAACGUGAAGCGUCUGUAGCUGCCGUUACUCCUCGUUCGACGUCGAAAACUCGUCCCCAAGUGGAUUAUUCGAAAUCUCACGCCUCGAAUUUGCUUCCGGAUUAUCGCGCGAAUCGAUUUUCCACGAUUGAUACAAGGUCCCCGCGGAAAUAUUACGGAGCUGAGGCGGAAAAUGGCGGUCUAAAGGUUAGGAAUAGCACGGCGGCGCCAUUUACGGGCAGCAGUAGCGGAGCGUUCGUCAGUACAACAACACCUUCUUACAAUUCCCAGAAAAAUCGCAUUUCUUCAUAUUCCAAUGGCAUCUUGCCGGGCGCCGUGUCGUCAGCCAUUGACUCGUAUGCCACACUGGGCAGUCGCAAGGUGCGACCGUACGAGCAUCGCACAGUUUCACUACUUGACGCGGCGUUAAGUCGACGUGAAACGGAAAUGGGACUCGAACGUGAUGAUGUUUUGAGAUCAAGUACGAGAAGUGCACGCCAACCAUCAAUACCUCGAAGUCCCACCAUAAAUGAUGCCUGAUUUUUAACGGAUGACUGCUGUAUAUAUCAUUUUUAGGAUUUUAUUUAAAACUAUAUGAACUGCACGGCAUUGCACGUGAAAAAUUAAAAAAAUGUAGCGAGAAGUAGAGACUUGAGUAGCCAAUUUUUUGUAUUUAUUGAAACAUUUUUUUAUUCAGUCAGUCUUCCUAUUUAAACUAUUUUUAAGCACUUUUUUUCAAGAAAAAAUUUUUUAAUCAAGCAAUGAAUCAAUGUACUUAAGAAUUUUAACGAAAAUUUAUAGAAAAAAGAAUUUAAAAAAAAUGAAA